AUGUCUACUUUAGAGGAUCUCGACGACCUUGAGCGCGAGGACAAGAACCACAAAGAUGACCGAAAGGAUGGUGAAAAGAAGGGGGCAGACAAGGACGGGGAUGCGGAAAUGAAAGAGGCUGAAAAGAAAGAGGAAGAGGAACUCAUAGACGAGGAAAUUCUACGAUCAAGCACAAGGGAUAUUAUCAACAGACGGAAACUCAUCGAAAACGACAUGCGGAUCAUGAAGAGCGAAUUCCAGCGAUUGACGCAUGAGCAGAACACGAUGAAGGAAAAGAUAAAGGAGAACCAGGACAAGAUUGAGAAUAACCGACAACUUCCCUACCUAGUUGGUAAUGUCGUGGAAUUAUUAGAUCUUGAUGUGGAGGAAGAGGCAGCCGAAGAAGGCGCCAAUAUUGACCUUGAUGCCACCCGUGUCGGCAAAUCUGCGGUUAUUAAAACUUCCACACGACAAACUAUCUUCCUUCCACUUAUCGGUCUUGUCGACCACGAACAGUUGAAACCUGGCGAUUUGAUAGGUGUGAACAAAGACUCUUACCUUGUUCUGGAUACACUACCCGCUGAGUACGAUAGUCGUGUGAAGGCAAUGGAGGUAGACGAGAAGCCAACUGAGCAAUACUCGGAUGUUGGUGGCUUGAACAAGCAAAUUGAGGAACUUCUUGAAGCCAUAGUAUGGCCGAUGAAGGAAGCAGACAGAUUUAAGAAGAUUGGUAUCAAGGCUCCCAAAGGCGCCCUCAUGUACGGCCCUCCUGGAACUGGUAAGACUCUCCUUGCCAGAGCUUGUGCCGCCCAAACAGAGGCAACUUUCCUCAAACUUGCCGGUCCUCAGCUUGUACAAAUGUUCAUUGGUGAUGGUGCCAAGCUGGUACGUGACUGUUUCGCUCUGGCCAAGGAAAAAGCUCCCGCCAUUAUCUUCAUCGACGAGCUCGACGCCAUUGGCACCAAGCGUUUCGAUUCUGAGAAAUCGGGAGACAGAGAAGUACAGCGAACCAUGUUGGAGCUUCUUAACCAGCUUGAUGGAUUCGCCUCCGAUGAUCGAGUCAAGGUUCUUGCAGCUACCAAUCGUAUUGAUGUCCUUGAUCCUGCCCUUCUACGAUCUGGCCGUUUGGACCGUAAGAUCGAGUUCCCGCUACCAAACGAAGAAGCUCGUGCCCAGAUUCUGAGAAUCCAUUCCCGUAAGAUGACGGUCGACGAUAAGGUAAACUGGCCGGAACUUGCUAGGAGUACUGAUGAGUUUGGUGGUGCACAACUUAAGGCUGUCUGUGUUGAGGCUGGUAUGAUUGCGCUGCGAAAGGGAGUCAAUAAAGUGAGCCAUGAACAUUACGUCGAUGCUAUUUCAGAGGUAAUGGCGAAGAAGAAGGAUACCAAUGUUGGCAUAUAUGUUUAA